AUUAAUAUUGUAAUAGUUGAUAUUAAUAAGAUGGGACUGUUCCUUCAGAUGUUGACGGUACUGUUAGUAAUUAUGACGGUUUCCUUGGAAGGAUGGGUGGCUCUUGGUUGCUUGGAGGAAGAGAGGAUCGCUCUGUUGCACCUCAAAGAUUCUCUUAACCAUCCCCAUGGCACCUCCCUUCCCUCCUGGAGAAAAGGCGACGCCCACUGUUGUGAUUGGGAAAGUAUUGUCUGCAACAGCAGAACAGGCCGAGUCACCGGACUCUAUCUUUGGAGCGUGAGGAAUCAGGAACUGGGAGAUUGGUACUUAAAUGUCUCCUUGUUCCUUCCUUUUCAACAACUCAACAGUCUCAUCUUGAUGGAUAAUCGUAUAGCUGGUUGGGUUGAGAAGAAAGGUGGUUAUGGGUUACAUAAAUUGAGCAAUUUGAAGAUCCUUGCCUUGGAAGAUAAUAGCUUCAAUAACAGUAUUCUAUCAUUCGUGGAGGGGCUUCCGUCUCUUAAAACACUAUAUUUAGAUUAUAAUAGACUGGAGGGGUUAAUAGAUUUGAAAGAAUCUUUGAGCAGCUUGGAGACCUUGGAUCUGGGCGGCAACAAUAUUAGCAAGUUGGUAGCCUCAAGAGGUCCAAGCAACUUGAGUACUCUAUGGCUGGAUAAUAUCACAACUUAUGGAAGUAGCUUCCAGUUACUGCAAUCAUUAGAAGCAUUCCCAAACCUCACGACACUUUAUAUGGGUUCCAAUGAUUUUAGAGGAAGAAUAUUAGGUGAUGGGUUGCAAAAUUUAAGCUCAUUGAAAAUGUUGUAUCUGGACGAUUGUUCUCUAGAUGAACACUCUCUUCAAAGCCUUGGAGCACUGUCUUCUCUAAAAAAUCUGUCAUUGCAAGAACUUAAUGGCAUUGUACCUUCUGGAGGGUUUCUUAAUCUCAAGAAUUUAGAAUACUUGGAUUUGAGUUCUAAUACUCUCAAUAAUAGCAUCUUCCAAACCAUCAGAACGGUGACCUCUCUUAAAACUUUAAUAUUGCGGAGUUGUAAUUUAAAUGGCCAAUUACCUACAACCCAAGGGUUUCUUAAUCUCAAGAAUUUAGAAUACUUGGAUUUGAGUUCUAAUACUCUCAAUAAUAGCAUCUUCCAAACCAUCAGAACGGUGACCUCUCUUAAAACUUUAAUAUUGCGGAGUUGUAAUUUAAAUGGCCAAUUACCUACAACCCAAGGCUUCCUUGAUCUCAAGAACUUGGAAUACUUGGAUUUGAGUUACAGUACUCUCAAUAAUAGCAUCUUCCAAGCCAUCGAAACGAUGACCUCUCUUAAAACUUUAAGGUUGCGGAGUUGUAAUUUAAAUGGCCAAUUACCUAUAACCCAAGGCCUUUGUGACUUAAAUCAUCUCCAAGAGCUAGUUAUGUAUGACAAUGAUCUCAGUGGUUUCUUGCCUCUGUGUCUGGCAAAUUUGACUUCCCUUCAACGACUAGAUCUCUCUUCCAAUCACUUGAAGAUCCCUAUGUCAUUGAGCCCAUUAUACAACCUUUCAAAACUCAAGUAUUUUGAUGGUUCAAGUAAUGAAAUAUAUGCAGAAGAAGAUGAUCAUAAUCUAAGACCAAAGUUCCAAUUAGAGUCUCUUUAUUUGAGUGGUCAUGGACAAGCUGCGGGAGCAUUUCCCAGGUUCCUUUACCAUCAGUUUAGCCUCCGAUAUUUGGAUCUUACAAACAUCCAAAUAAAGGGAGAGUUUCCAAGUUGGUUGAUUGAGAAUAACACAUACCUACAAGACCUUUCUUUAGAAAAUUGUUCUCUUUCGGGUCCAUUCUUGUUGCCAAAGAAUUCUCAUGUGAAUUUAUCAUUCUUAAGUAUAUCCAUGAAUCACCUCCAAGGCCAAAUCCCUUCAGAAAUCGGAGCUCGUUUGCCAGGGUUAGAAUUUUUAUCGAUGUCUGACAAUGGUGUCAAUGGAAGCAUUCCUUCCUCGUUGGGUAACAUUAGCUCGCUGCGAGUGUUAGACCUGUCCAACAAUGUUUUGACUGGACGAAUACUUUCGAACAACAGUUUGCAAGGACAGAUCCCUAUAUGGAUAUGGGAUAUGUCUUCUCUUGAGUUCUUGGACCUAUCAGGGAACAAUUUUUCUGGUCCUUUACCACCUACAAUCGGCACUUCUUCAAAUUUGAGAUAUAUUUAUUUGUCUAGAAAUAAGUUGCAAUGGCCGAUCACAAUGACAUUUAAUGGCUCCUUUCAGAUAUUGGCAUUAGAUCUUUCCCAUAAUAAUUUAACUGGUAGAAUUCCAGAAUGGAUUGGCGGGCUAUCUAACUUGAUAUUUCUACUCUUGAGUUAUAACAAUCUUGAAGGUGAAAUCCCAAUUCAAUUAUCUAGGUUGGACCAAUUAACCUUGAUUGAUCUUUCUCACAAUCACCUUUCUGGUAACAUCCUCUCUUGGAUGAUGUUUACUCAUCAUUACUUUGUUCUGUAUCCCUAUUAUUAUUAUGAUGUGUCCUCAUCACAACAAUCUUUCGAGUUUACAACGAAGAAUGUAUCCCUUUCUUAUAGAGGCAGCAUUCUGCGGUACUUCGCAGGACUUGAUUUCUCAUGCAACAAUUUCACAGGAGAGAUUCCUCCUGAAAUUGGAAACCUCGUCAUGAUCAAGGUACUGAACCUUUCGCACAACAGUUUGACUGGACCAAUUCCACCAACAUUUUCAAACUUAAAAGAAAUAGAGAGCUUGGAUCUUUCCUACAACAAAUUGGAUGGAGAAAUCCCACCUCAACUUACUGAACUAUUUUCUCUAGAGUUUUUCAGUGUGGCACACAAUAAUCUGUCCGGCAAGACUCCUGCGAGAGUUGCACAGUUUGCCACGUUUGAGGAGAGUAGCUACAAGGACAACCAUUUUCUUUGUGGAGAACCGCUACCCAAAAUAUGUGGUGCAGUUAUGCCACCAUCACCAACGCCACCUUCAACAAACAAUGAAGAUAAUGGUGGCUUCAUAGAUAUGGAGGUUUUCUAUGUGACCUUUGGGGUUGCAUACAUCAUGGUGCUGCUAGUAAUAGCUGCAGUUCUGUACAUAAAUCUAUAUUGGCGACAAGCUUGGUUUCACUUUAUCGAGGUGAGUAUCAACAAUUGCUAUUAUUUUCUGGUGGACAAUCUUCCCAUUUUAUCCAAGUUUGGAUUUUCAUAGCCUUGAUGGUACUAAGACUUGGUGCAUCGUUGUGUAUUCUAGUUUAAAGAUUUAAACAAGUUUAAAGGCAUGCUCAAGCGAUGUUGUAUUAAUUUAUACAGUUCCAUUCCGUUUUGUGGGCUUUUAUAUAGCAGGGGCUUUUCAA